CUAGCACACCACCACCGUCGUUGCUGUCGAUGGUUUCUUUUGCUACGUGCCUAUAAAUACGCGGGCGCUUUCCUCUGUUAAUUCGCUGCAAUUCAUUCAACACAACCGGUUGAUCAAAAGACGACCAAUUGGCAAGUCAGAUCGAGAGUGAGAAACCCAAACACACGGGGAGUCAGCGAUCGAGAGCCACACAAGAGACAAGAGAGGCCGGAGAGAUGGCGAACCUGUUCCUGAAGCAGGCGAAGCAGUACGCGGCGACGCGGCCGGCCUACCCACCGGAGCUCUUCGACUUCAUCGCCUCUAAGACGGCCCGUCACGACCUUGCUUGGGACGUCGGCACCGGCAGCGGCCAGGCCAUCCCGCCGCUGGCGAAGCUGUACAAGGACGUGGUGGGCACGGACACGAGCGCGCAGCAGCUGUCCUACGCGCCGCGCCUCCCCAACGUGCGCUACGUCCACACGCCGCCGGACCUCCCCCUCGACGGCAUCCACGCCGCCGUCGCGCCGCCGGGCUCCGUCGACCUCGUCACCGUGGCGCAGGCCUUCCACUGGCUCGACCUGCCGCGCUUCUACGCGCAGGUCCGCUCCGUCCUGCGCGCGCCGCAGCCGCAGCAGGCGGCGGGGGUGCUCGCGGCCUGGUGCUACACCGAGCCCUGCGUCGACGCCGCCGUGGACGACGCCUUCUGGCGCCUCUACAACGGGUCGCAGCCGUACUGGGCGCCCAACCGGCGGCUGGUCGACGACCGGUACAGCGGCGUGGACUUCCCCUUCGACCCCGUCGACGGCGAGGCGCACACGGGCCCGUUCGAGUUCUCGACGGAGCGGCGCAUGGACCUCGACGGCUACCUCGCCUACAUCACGUCGUGGUCGGCGUACCAGACGGCCAAGGAGAAAGGCGUCGAGCUGCUCGACGAGGCGACGGUGCGCGGGUUCGCCGACGCGUGGGGCGGCGACAGGGUGGAGGUGAAGACGGUGAGGUACCCAAUCUUCCUCAGGAUCGGCAAGGUGAGGACAGAGUAAUAGGAGAUGCGCCAGCAAACGGGGAGAAAUUAAGCUUGAUAGACUUGGGCGAACGUGCUUUGUCUAGCACACAUUAGUGCAUUACUCUGUUAUCUUCAGAGGCGAUCUGCACUAGGAGAUUACUACUUCCUCCGUAUCAUAUUAUAAGACUUUCUAGCAUUAUCAAUAUUCAUAUAUAUGUUAAUGAAUCUAAACAUAUAUGUGUGUCUAUAUUCAUUAACAUCUAUAUAAAUAUGGAUAAUACUAGAAAGUUUUAUAAUCUGAAACGGAGGUAGUAGAAAAUAGAUGCGGCUUUGCCGCAUAAUGGACCAGCCAGUACGAAAUACUCCGUACGUUUCAUAUUGAUCAUCAUUUAACACAAAUUAAAAUUUUUAAAUUGAUCAUCAUGUAAUCAUAGCCCUUCGUUCGACGUGUAAUAUUAUUGCAUUUAAGCAUAAAAAUUGAGUAUGCAUGCAUGUAUGUAGGAAUUCAAGGUAGUAAAGCUAUCGUUUCAUAGAGCAAGUUUAAUACCAGUAUAACCAACUACUGACUCCAAAUCAUCUAUAGUCAAUUUAGUAGCCAAUUCAUAUAAUACUUACCUAUAAACAUUACUACACAAUUCAUACUUGGUCGCACCUGUCAUACACACAUGUAUCUUGGAGUCUGGAGUCUGUGCUAUAGCUGGCUACAAAUUUGUAGCUCGCUGCUCUUCUCUAUUCUCUUUUAUCUCCUCGAAAUGUGUUUAUAACUGGACCUGCUAUUAUGUAUGGGGCCUAAGAGGAGUUAAAGUGUGCAUGUUUAUUGAUUUUUCCCUACCACAUACUCACAUUAAGUGAAAUGCAGGAAAGUUAAUAUUUUUUU